CCGCGACUUGUCUAGGCCCACGCGGCUCUUUGGCCACAUUAACUCUUUCAGCACCACAUCACCGCAGGCACUUGGCCUCGCCAGUCUCUCAGAGUGAUGCAUUAAAAAAAAAAAAAGGUUCCAUUUUUAUAUAAAAAUUUUGCAGUUGGCUUUGAACUCAUCCUUCCUGAGAGAGAGAGACGAAUAACAAACUUACUGGCCUGACUAAUAUGUUUUGGCUAUUGUAUGCACUGCAGGGAUGUUGAUUUAUUGGUUUUUGGUUUUAAAUCAUCACCUGCUUUUAUCUACUAUUUCUUUUUUUCAAGUUGUAUCAGCUGCUUGUGUUGUGUCAGUUUGUUGCUUUGACAUGUAUAAGUGUUUUGACAGCUGUAAUGCUUCACCCCCCUUUUCUGUUUUUGUGUGUGUUUUUUUUAAAAAAGAUUGACCUAAAACAAACGGGCAAGUUGGAAGGGACCCCAGAGAUCAUCUUGUGGGAUGUAAAGCUGCAGUCAAGUGCAGCAUUCCGACUAAGGGCCUCCAUGUUCUAACCGGUUGCUGUGACAACCUGUUUGUCGGUUGCUGGUAGUUUUGAAAGGUAACUGCUCAGUUGAAGUCACCUCAGGACCAACUUCCCUCUGGCAUAGUUUAUUUGCUUGUUAUGUAACCUCAGCCUGCCUUCAGGUACAGUUCUGUUAACCGGAAUGAAUCUGAGAGUAAAAUAGUUUCAUGUUAACAUGAAUCAGAUUCAUGUGUGUACAGUGGUACCUCGGGUUACAGACGCUUCAGGUUACAGACUCCACUAAUCCCGAAAUAGUACCUCGGGUUAAGAACUUUGCUUCAGGAUGAGAACAGAAAUUGUGCAGCGGCGGUGCAGCAGCCCCAUUAGCUAAAGUGGUGCUUCAGGUUAAGAACAGUUUCAGGUUAAGAACGGACCUCCGGAACGAAUUCUUAACCCAAGGUACUAUUUCUGGGUUAGCGGAGUCUGUAACCUGAAGCGUAUGUAACCUGAAGCGUAUGUAACCCGAGGUACCACUGUAUUCUUUAAGAGGGAUUCAAAGGGAUUUUUAACUUGGAAGGCAUCUUUAUUAGUAGAACUCAGACGAGUCAGCAACAAGCUGAUCGCUGCAUAAACUUAUAAAGGGGAUUGUUUAACUCUGCUAAAGGAAACCUUCCCACAAUUGUAUGCACUGCAGGGAUAUUGGUUUUUGGUUUUAAAUCACCACCUGCUUUUAUCUACUAUUUAUUUCUUUUUUAAAAGUUGUAUCAGCUGCUUGUGAUGUGUCAGUUUGUUGCUUUGACACGUAUAACAUUGACAGCUGUAUUGCUUCCCCCCCUUUUUUCUGUUUUAUUUUUUUUAAGAAAAGAUUGACCUAAAAGAAACGGGCAAGUUGGAAGGGACCCCAGAGAUCAUCCAGCCCAACCCACUGCAGUGUAGGAAUCUCAGCUAAAGCAUCCAUGACAGAUGGCCACCCAACCUCCAAGGAAGAAGAGUCCAUCACCUCCCGAAGGAGUCCUUUCCACUGCUGAACAGCUCUGACUGUCAGAAAGUUUUUCUGUGUGUCCAUCGACUCUGCACGGGGUGGGGGCUUCAGAUCAGCCACGAUGAAGCUCACUGGGUGAGCACCGGCUCUCUGCCUAACCUACCUUGCAGGGUUGUUGCGGGGCAUAGCUGUCAACCAUCCCUUAUUUGGCAGGAAACUCCCUUAUCCCGGCGCCGUGUUCCGCUGCUGUCCCUUAUUGAUGAUGUCCCUUAAAUUUCCCGGGAAGCAGCGGCUCAGGGUCCUCCGCCGAGAGAGAGAGCGCGCGCACGAGCUGCCGCAUCUCCGUCUCUCCCAAGGAGACGGCCCAAGAGUCUCCCUCCCUCCCUCUCUCUUGGGUGGGGGCCGGUGUGGGCAAGAGUCUCCCUCCCUCUCUCUCGGGUGGGGAAGGGCAGAUGGAACUCCUUGCGCCAGGACAACGGCAGCCCCGACGUGCUGCUUAGUAUACCCUCCAACCAGUGCAGCAUCUUAAUGUAGUGAUUUCCCCCUCUGCAUCCCUUUCAUAACUCUAUUUUUAUAAAUCAUUUGUCCAUCCAUAGUUCAAAUUUUUACUACAAGUUUUCUGUCAGUCCUACCAAUGUAUGUAACUCUUGACAAUAGCUUUUCAACUAAAUUAUAAACUUUCCCCAUUCUUUAUUAAAGAGGUCCUCUUCCUGGUUUCUAAUUCUGCCUGUAAGCUUUGCCAUCUCGACGUCGUUCCUUAGUUUUGUCUGCCCCUCUUCUUUGGUGGGAGUUGUAGACCCUUAGGAUCAUGUAGUCCAACCCCCUGCAAAACACAGUCAGUCGCAGCAAAAGCAGCCUGGCUCCAUCAGUGGCGGAUUUCUGUAUAAGCCAAGCAAAAUCCCUUAUUUUCGCUGCUGAUCCCUUAUUUUCGAGGUUGCUGGUCCCUUAUUUUCAAAUCUGUAAGUUGACAGCUAUGUUGUGGGGGGGGUGAAAUGAGGAGGGAGAGAACUGCGUACGCUGCGUUGAGCUCCUUUGGAGGAAAAAAAGGGGAAUAUAAAUGCAAUAAAUGAAACAUCUUGACCGAAGCACUACCAAGGGAUGGAUUUCGAGAACCUGCGAGUCAGAAUGGGGCGGGGGGGGGGGGUCCUUCUCUGCCAAAAAAAGCUUGCAAAAAAGGGCUGUUGGGGACAACCAACCUUGCACGGCUCCAGCCGGCAGGGGGCAGAUGGGGAAACCGGCAGAUCGCCCGGGGAAAAUGCACUUUGCACUUUCCCAGGAAUCCUACCAAGGCUCCUCCUCUUCCUCCCUCCCUCCCUUCCUUCUUCCUUCCCUCCAUUUCUCCCUCUUUCCCCCUCCGUUUCUUUCUCUUCUUAUGUAAGAUCCAUGUGGUUCAGCGCCUAGGCUUGCAAUCUGAAGUCGUCCUUGCAAAUAUAAAUAAACCGUAAGUCAGGAGACUCUUCUCCUCGCCCCUCGGUUUUCCAAUAGGGCGCGUUUUAUUUGCUAUUUCAAGCAAUGCUGGUUGAUGCGCAGGUGAGACAGAACUGGGGAACUGGGUGGAUGCCGCUUCCAAGUUUUUAACACUUGCAAAGCAGCAGCCAACUAAGGAAAAACCCAAGAAUAUUGAGUCAGACCAUCGGUUCACCUCGCUCAGCGUUGCCUGCGCAGACUGGCAGCGGUUCUCCAAGGUAUCUGGUAUCUCCAGUUAGGGCUGAGACACUCCCUGCCCAAAAUCCUGGAGAGCCGCUGUCGGUCAGUGUGGACAAUAUUGAGCUAGGUGGACCAGUUGCCUCGCUCAAUAAAGCUGUCUCUAUUUCCAGAGGAGUUGUAUAAUGCUCCAACCAUGCAAGGUUGACGCCCACCGUGUGUGUGUGUGUGUGUGUGUGUGUGUGUGUGUGUGUGUGUUUGUUUGCGUGUUUGCAUUCCUUUCAUUAGCUAAGCCAGGAGCUCCUGGUCCCACUCAGUGAAGCUCUUCCUUAGAGCAAAAUUGCCCUUGUAUGUUUGCAGCCGACUCCAUCACCUUUGCCAGAGACUCACCAAGACUCAGAUCCUGGACCUGGCGAUCCUGGAGCAGUUCCUGGCUCUCCUCCCCCCGGAGAUGGAAAACUGGGUGAUGGGAUGCAGAAAGGAGACCAGUUCCCUGGCCAAAGGUUUCUGCCAGAGCCAGGCAGAGGACAUGAAGCAGGAGGAGGAACAGCAGGUGAGAGAUGGCUUCAUCCAGGUGCUUACGCUUUAGGUCAGUGGUUUUGAAUACAGUGGUACCUUGGUUCUCAAACGCCUUGGUACUCAAACAACUUGGAACCCAAACACUGCAAACCCGGAAGUAAGCAUUCCAGUUUGCGAACUUUUUUCGGAAGCUGAACAUGCUCCAUUUUGAAUGCCAUACUUCCGUUUUGAGUGUUACGCUGAGGUCUGUCUGUUUUUGCUAUUUAAUUUGCGUUUUUGUUUUUGUGGCUCUUUUUUUGUGACUGUGUGGAACCCAGUUCAGCUACUGAUUGAUAGUGUGACUGCAGUACAUAGUUUAUUGCUUUCAUUUUAUGGAUCAGUGGUCUCGUUAGAUAGUAAAAUUCAAGUUAAAUUGCUAUUUUAGGGGUUGUUUUUAAAGGUCUAGAACGGAUUAAUCCAUUUCACAUUACUUUCUAUGGGAAAGCGUAUGGGGAGGUUUACUUUAGCAGAGUUAAACAAUCCCCUUUUUAAGUUUAUGCAGCGAUCAGCUUGUUGCUGACUCAUCUGAGUUCUACUAAUAAAGAUGCCUUCCUGGUUAAAAAUCUCUUUGAAUCCCUCUUAAAGAAUACACACACAAAUCUGAUUCAUGUUAAUACAGUCAUACCUUGUGUUACGUCCACUUCAUGUUACGUUCUUUCAGGUUACGUCCCGCAGCAACCCGGAAGUACCGGAAAGGGUUACUUCUGGGUUUCGCUGCUUGCGCAUGCGCAGACGCGCAAAAUGACAUCAUGCGCAGAAGCAGCAAAUUGCAACCUGCACGUGCACAGACGCGCCGCUGCGGGUUGCGUUCUUUUCAAGUUGCGAACUGGCCUCUGGAACGGAUCCCAUUCACAACCAGAGGUACCACUGUAUAAAACUAUUUUACUCUCAGAUUCAUUCAGGUUUACAGAACUGUACCUGAAGGCAGGCUUAGGUCACAUAACAAGCAAAUAAACUAUACCAGAGGGAAGUUGGUCCUGAGGUGACUUCAACUAAGCAGUUACCUUUCAAAACUACCAGCAACCGACAAACUGGUUCUCACAGCAACCGGUUAGAACAUGGAGGCCCUUAGUCCUCUGUCGGAAUGUUGCACUUGACUGCAGCUUUACAUCCCACAAAGCACACCUUGGUUUUGGAAUGCAUUGGUUUUGGAAAGGACUUCCGGAACGGAUUAAGUUUGAGAACCAAGGUACAGUGGUACCUCUGGAUGUGAACGGAAUAUUCCAGAAAGAACUUGAGGAUUGGUCUAGGAAAGGUUGCUAGGCAACAGAAAAAUCUCCCCAGAACGGGUGCCUUUAUUAACGGCAUGUGGUCAAUAAAGGUCAGUCAGUGUGUAAAUGAACAGAAGGGUAAAUGAGUCAGCAACUGAGUUUCUGGCCAGAUGGCUGGAGGAGAAGGAAUUGUGUUGUUUUAUUUGACCAAUGUAAUUUUUUUAAAAAAAAUAAUAAAGAUUCUCUGUAGAAAGAAACUCUGCUGUAAGCCUUAAAAAAUAAAAACCAAGAGUAGGUGCAGAGCAUACCCACCAUGGCUAGAGGCCUUCAAUAGCUCUCUCCUCCAAUAAUUUGUCUAAUCCUCUUUUAAAGCCGUCAGAGUUGGUGGCCAUUGCUGCCUCCUUGCUGGGGGUGUGUGACCCCCCCGGUGGGCGGAGCCAGAGGCAAAAAGUGGGUGGAACAAUGAAUGUGACUCUUAACUUUGGUAUAGUAAGCAUCGUUCUAGCUGUGGAAGCAAGAGCAAAUCUCACAUUUCAAGUGGUAUGUUCCAACCAGGAGAAAGCCCUUGAGGAGGUGUGGCCUUGGAGGGGGGUUCAGAGGGCCAGGCAGAGAGGUCUGGGGGUCCACAUUUGGCCUGAGGUGCCCGCCGCUGUUGCAAAGGUCUAAAAUGCCCUCCGACCUUCUUUUGUCUCCCUUGCAGAUGGUGAAAACAACAGAACCACAGAAUUUCAGAACUGGAGAAUUAGAAGGGGCAUCUAGUCAGACGCCCUGCGAUGCAGGAAUCGCAGUCCUGGUCUUGUGGCCGCCACCCCCGGACGUGAGCCCCUGCUCCGUUGCAAAAAUGAUGGUGACAUUUUCUUCCAGACCGUCUUCUCCUCUGCGUGGCGCAGAAACUGUUUCUGGAGACCUGCUGCAUCAGUUGCAGGAAGAAGGAGUGGAGAGCUGUGCAGGAUCUGCCCCUUCCCCUCGGCUUCUGGUACUGUUGCCCGAUGUGCAGGCUUUGAAUGCUCUGCGUCAGGCAUAGGCCACCUCGGCCCUCCAGAUGUUUUGGGACUACAACUCCCACGAUCCCUAGGACCAGUGGUCAGGGAUGAUGGGAAUUGUAGUCCCAAGACAUCUGGAGGGCCGAGGCUGCCUAUGCCUGCUCUGCAUAGUUUCUGUUUUCUUUUUGCAGCUCUAAUAUGUUCUUCCUUAGCUGCAGAAGAACUUUGGAAGAGCCUGGCUGCAAGUUCAGGCCAGUGGCCAGCCAGAUGCCACAGUGGAAAUCCUGCAAGCAAGAUAUGAGCUCAGCAGCCUCGCUCUCCCCACUUGUGAUUCCCAGCGCCUGGUAUUCAGUCCCAUUGACAUCUUUAGGAUUUCCUUUCAGUAAGAACAUACAAAGAGCCGAUUGGAUCAAGCCAAGAGCCCAUCUAGUCCAGCAUUCUGUUCUCACAGUGGCAGUUUCCGAGCACAAUACAAAGUGUUGGUGCUGACUUUUAAAGCCCUAAACAGGCUUGGCCCAGUAUUUCUGAAGGGAGUGUCUCCACCCCCAUCGUUCUGCCCAGACACAGAGAUCUAGCUCUGAGGGCCUUCUGGCAGUUCCCUCCCUGCAAGAAGUGAGCUUACAGGGAACCAGGCAGAGGGCCUUCUCAGUAGUGGCACCUGCCCUGUGGAACGCCCUCCCAUCAGAUGUCAAGGAGAUAAACAACUAUCUGACUUUUAGAAGACAUCUGAAAGCAGCCCUGUUUAGGGAAGCUUUUAAUGGUUGAUGUUUUAUUCUAUUUUCAGUAUCUGUUGGGAGCCACCCAGAGUGGCUGGGGAAACCCAGCCACAUGGGCGGGGUAUUAUUAUUAUUAUUAUUAUUAUUAUUAUUAUUAUUAUCAACCAGAUGCCCCAGUGCAGGAAAUGAGCACAUCAGUGCUGCUCUCUCUGCCCUUCCCCAAAAGUGGUAUUCAGAGCGCCUUUGAAAAGCUUUAUUAGCUACCAAUGAUGCUUUGAAAGAGGAUUAAACAAAUUCAGGGAGGAUGAGGCCACUGGUGGCAACGAACCCUGACGGUUGUGGACCGGGCAAUAAUGCUUCUGAAUACCAGUUGGUGAAAACCACAGGAGAGGAGAAGGCUCUUCUGCUCAGGGGCUGCUUGAGGGUUUCGUACAGAUUUAUGUCUUGCCAAAUGCAAGGUGGUUCUUUUAAAAUGAGAUCCAGAAGCAAGACGAAAUACACAAGUGAAUGAGAAGAUUAAAUAUUUCAUUCUGAAACAGCAAGCAAUGUAUACAGACCAAGCAAACACUUCAAUCUGCCACUUGGAAGCCUUCAAGAAGCCUCAGUUUGCACGGAUCUGUGGCCGAUCAGUCCAUGCAUGAGCUUCAUAGAAACCUAGCCCAGACCAUCUGAUUUUAUAUAUAGCCUGUGUGGCGACUGGCUACGUGCAGAUCAUCCAUUAGCCAUCCCCUCCCAAUACCUCACUUUUUAAAAAAACAAUGUCCAACAUCAAAGAAGGUACCGUAUUUUUCGCCCUAUAGGACGCACCGGCCCAUAGGACACACCUAGUUUUGGAGGGGGGAAAUAAAGAAGAAAAAAGCUUCCCCCGACCCCAGCCCACAGAACAGGCAGCUCUCUGCAAGCCUUGGGAGACCGUUGCGACUUCCCGCCAGGCUCCCACUGCUUGCGGAUAUCUGCCUGAAGCCCAAACCAGGUUGGGGAACAGCGGGAUGGCGGCGCUGCGCCUCCCCGCUGUCCCCUGAGCUUGCGGGGCUGGCGGUGGGGAGAAGCGCGCUUCUCCCCGCUGCCAGCCUCCAAACCAGGUCGGGGAACCGAAGCCCGGCGCGUGCUGUGCAGCGCGCCCCAGGCUUCGAGAUGCAGGCUGCUAUCCGCAAGCCUAGGGAGCCCAACGGGAACUCCCGCGGGCUCCCAAGGCUUGCUGAGAGCUUCCUGAAGCCUGGAGAGCGAGGGGUCGGUGCGCACCGACCCCUCUCACUCUCCAGGCUUCAGCGAAAGCCUGCAUUCGCCCCCAUAGGACGCGCACACAUUUCCCCUUCAUUUUUGGAGGGGGAAAAGUGCAUCCUAUAGGGCGAAAAAUAUGGUACCCAGCAUUAUCCUCCCAACUGAUUAUGGCAGCUGUGUGUGGGGCUUUACCGCCUCCCAGCAUUUUCAGGACAUUAAAGACUCUUCCCACGCCAUCAGAAAACUUAACAAGAGCGAGGAAGGGGGAAGGAACAGAGGCAGGAAGGGUAACCGUGUCAGAUCACUAAGUCCUCGAUACAUUCGAAAUAAAUUAAAAAAUUACCCAGUAGCACCUUAGAGAUCAACUAAGUUCUGGGUAUAAGCUUUUGUGUGCAUGCACACUUCUUCAGAUUCUUCAGGUAUUCUUCAGAUUCUUCACAAAAUUUUACACCCAGAACAAACUUAGUUGGUCUAUGGUGCUACUGGACAUUUUUUAAUUUUUAUUUUUUUCUGACUGUGUCAGACCAACACGGCUACCUACCUGAUCCACAAUACAUUUUUGGCUUCCAAGUGCAUUUCCCAUACAGUAUGUAGUUAGCCAUUGUGAAAACGGGGAGUUGAAGUAGAUGAGCCAUAGGCCUGAUCCAGCAAAGCUCUUGACAUGUUCUCCAGCAAGGGUGACUGCUUUUCCAGGGAGAAACCGACCUUGUCUAGUAGCCACAACGGCUAUGUUCCACCUCCACGAUCGGAGGCACCAUAACUCGGAAGUAACAUUCGCUGGGGAACAAGAGAGGCCUCUUGUGCUCGGGUCCUGCAUCCCAUUGGGGCUUCUGGGCUCUUCAGACAUCCUUUGGAUUCCGCAGGGGAACCUGCAGUCACCUCGCCUUAACUACCUCUUUGGAUUGCUAAAUUACCUAUGAACGCCAAAAAUGUGAAUCUCCUUAAGGACAACUGUGAAGGAUGUUGGAUUGAAGAGAAGGGGAAUUUGGAAAUAGGGACAAACCAGAAGUUGUUACUGUUGGGCCGAGUUGUUGUGGCGGGGAUGUUGCAGUUGUUUCAAACAUUGCAAGUUCUGGAUGGGAUGGAGGGUCUCAGGAGGUGGCAGAGGGAUGCUCCUAGAGUUGUUUGGCAGGGCAGGAAGCCUCGAGUUAAGCUUAAGAUAUUGAUGGAUGCUAAAGAAGGAGGUGGACCUGCCCUGCCAGACCUUUAAACUUCAUUGUGAACCAUCUGCCUUUUGCUGAUUGAGAAAAUGGUUGCUUCUGGAAAACACUGAAGUUGGACAAUGGCAGACGAAGUUGAUGGAGUAUAGGGAAUUAGCGGAAAUGACUGGCAAGAUCCGAGACCAGGGUGAAGAGUCGGUGGAAGAAGAUUGGAAAAAGUUUAAAGAUUAUUAUAGAAAUAUUGUAAAAUUAAGGAAUGUUAGAAAAAUGUUGGAAUGAAAUUACAUGGCUUUAGUAGAAAUGUCAUAAGGAAUUAAGUAUAAAUAGAUUAAUAGAAAAUUAAAGGAAAAGUAUGGCAAGAAUGUGUUAAGAUAAUUAUAGAACUAAAAACAGAGUAAGAUGGAAAGGAAUUGCUGAAACAAAUAAUAGAAGUGGAAUACAAAAAGGGAGGUAUGAGGAAGUCACUGGAAAUAAGUGAAUGAAUUAUAAGAUAUUGAAAAUGUUUGAGGUGCUUUUUAAAAUUGUUUUUGUCUGUUUUUGCUUGAUUUGUUAGUCCAUUCGUAUUGUUUUCUCUUUUUGUUUCUUCUUUUUCUCUGUGUUUGUAGUGCUGUGUUGGAAAUUUUGAAAAAGUAAUAAAUAUCAUUUUUUAAAAAAAGGAUUGCUAAAUUAUCUGUGAGAUAAAGCUCUUCCCUUUUUGGUGCUUUCAGGGCCCGGUGACCUUGGAGGAUGUGACCGUGCAUUUCACAGAGGAGGAGUGGGCCCUUCUGGAUCCGGGCCAGAGGGCCUUGCACAGAGAAGUCAUGGAGGAGAAUUACAGGAAUCUGACCUCUCUGGGUUCGUAUCCUCCUCCUCUUAGCCUGAGGUUCCCCACCCACUCAGGACAGCAUCAUAAGAUCAUAGCACGAGGUCUCAGUUGUUGUCCCUGCUGCUUUUGAGCUCUGCUGACAGAGGCGCUAAGGAUGAAAUGUGUGACCUGAUACAUACCGAGGGCUUUGUUGUUGUUUAGUCAUUUAGUCGUGUCCGACUCUUCGUGACCCCCUGGACCAGAGCACGCCAGGCACUCCUGUCUUCCACUGCCUCCCACAGUUUGGUCAAACUCAUGCUGGUAGCUUCGAGAACACUGUCCCACCAUCUUGUCCUCUGUCGUCCCCUUCUCCUUGUGCCCUCAAUCUUUCCCAACAUCAGGGGCUUUUCCAGGGAGUCUUCUCUUCUCAUGAGGUGGCCAAAGUAUUGGAGCCUCAGCUUUAGGAUCUGUCCUUCCAGUGAGCACUCAGGGCUGAUUUCCUUCAGAAUGGAUAGGUUUGAUCUUCUUGCAGUCCAUGGGACUCUCAAGAGUCUCCUCCAGCACCAUAAUUCAAAAGCAUCAAUUCUUUGGCGAUCAGCUUUCUUUAUGGUCCAGCUCUCACUUCCAUACAUCACUACUGGGAAAACCAUAGUUUUAACUAUACGGACCUUUGUUGGCAAUAUGCUUUUUAAGAUGCUGUCUAGGUUUGUCAUUGCUUUUCUCCUAAGAAGCAGGCGUCUUUUAAUUUCCGAGGGCUAGAUACAACUAAAUAGUUAUGCUAGUGGGAUGUAAAAUGAACCCCACAAGUGCCGUGGGUCUAUUUUUCUCCUCUCUUCUGCUUGUGUGCCCCUCCAAAUUAGUUCUGGCAAGUUGGGAGAACCUCAGGCACAACACGAGGAGAUUAGGAGAGGGGAGAUUUUGUUGCCUGGCAAGUGUGAUGUCAAAUUUGCUCUGGGCUUCCAGAGCUCUAUAAUACACAACCUUCAAUUUUGAGGGUCUGAUUUACAAAGCAAAUUUAUCUGACCUACCAAGACGCCACUGAUUUUGGCAGCAGAUGCAAAGAGAUGUGGGGUGGGUGCAACCCAGUGCUCUGAUGAGGAUGAAACCCUACUCCUUCCUGCUUCUCAGACCCAUCUGAGAACUCCUAGCCCAGCUGAUAUGCACAGUUCAGGUGUGAGGUGUGUGUCCUGUGUGUGUACAUGCAAGGGUGUAUGUCUGAGAAAGACAAUGUGGAGUGGCCAUGCUCAUCUUUGGCCACACUUACCGCAUUUUUUCGCUCUAUAGGACGCACCCGACCAUAAGACGCACCUAGUUUUAGAGGGGGAGAACAAGGGGGAAAAAAUCUCUCCCUCUCUGCGCAGUGCCCCUUCAGCGAAGCAGCAAGAGAAGCGGAGCCCCUUCCAUUUCUCCUCCUGCUUUGCUGAAGGGGCGCUGUGCAGAGAGGGAAAGCUGCGCAGCACCUCUCCAGAGAAGCAAAGCCAGAAGAGCAAGAGGGAUCGGUGCACUCCAUAGGCUUCGCGUUGGUUUCGCUGAAGCCAUGGAGCCUGCAUUCGCUCCAUAAGACGCACACACAUUUCGUCUUAAUUUUUGGAGGUGGAAAAGUGCGUCUUACAGAGCGAAAAAUACGGUACCUUCAGCAUGCGGCCCGCAGGAACAUUGAUCAAGGGUGAACGCGGCCCAGUCUUAGUGCCCAUCAACAGUGGCUGCCCCCUGACUAUCCUUCCCCUUCUGCUUUUCACACAGACAUUAAUUGGGAUUGUUCUCAAAUUUUGGUGUCCGUUCCUCCCUGAUCAGGUCUCCAUUUGUAUUCCUGCAGGUGAUGGGGGAGAGAGCAGUGAAGAGAAUGAACCCCAGGGAAUUAAAACUGAAGCAGAAGAGAAUUUGAGGAAGGACACUGUUGUUCCAGACGGUGCUGGCUUCAAUGAAACUCUGAUGCUGGAAAAACAUCAUACAGGCAAGAAACAGGAAAACGUCUCUCCUUGUGUAAGAAACCCAGCUAGAAUAUUGAAUCCCAGCACCCUUGGAAGAAAACAUAAUGGGGAUAAACUGUUUCAAUGUUCAGAGUGUGAAAGGAGCUUCAAGUACAAGUCACUUCUUCAUCUACAUGAAAGAACCCACACAGAAGGGAAACACUAUAAAUGUUCAGAGAACAGAAAGAGUGUCCGUCUGAGCUCCAAGCUUCCUGCUCAUCAACAAAUCCACACUGGGGGGGAACCAUAUAAGUGCUCAGUGUGUGGAAAUAACUUUGCUGAUAGCAAUAAACUGUCUAAACAUGAAAGAAUCCACACAGAAGGGAAACCACAUAAAUGUUCAGAGUGCGGAAAGUGUUUCCGGCAGACCUACAACCUUUUUAAUCAUCAAAGAAUCCACACUGGAGAAAAACCAUAUAAAUGCUCAGAGUGUGGAAAGAGCUUCACAGACCGUAGUGGCCUUACUCGUCAUCAGAGAACCCACACAGGAGAGAAACCACAUAAAUGUUCCAAUUGCGGAAAGUGCUUCAGCCGCUACAGUCACCUUCUUAGUCAUCAAAGAAUCCACACAGGGGAGAAACCGUAUAAAUGCUUGGAGUGUGGAAAGGGUUUUGCUCAGAGCUCUGCACUUCUUUCUCACCAAAAAGUCCAUUCAGGAGAGAGACCGUUUAAAUGUUCUGAGUGCGAAAAGUGUUUCCGUCUGAGCUCCAAACUUCUUGAUCAUCAAAAAAUCCACACUGGAGAAAAACUAUAUAAGUGCUCAGUGUGUAAAAGCAGCUUUGCGUACAAGAGACAUCUUUCCUUACACGCAAGAAUUCACACAGGAUAAACCAUAUAAAUGCUUAGAGUGUGGAAAGAGCUUCACUAGGAGCUGUGUGCUGUUAAAUAAAGAAUCCAUUCAGGAGGGAAACUAUAAAUGCUCAGUGUGUGGAAAAAGCUUAAGAGAUCAUAGUAGCCAUUCUCAUCAUCAGAGAAACCACAUAGAAGCCACAUAAAUGUUCCAAUUGUGGAAAGUGCUUCAGCCAGAAUAGUGACCUUCUUAAUUAUCAGACGCUCCAUACAUGUGAGUUUGGGGAAAGCUUCAGUUGUAGCCAAACCCUUGCUUACACAUGGGGGAGAAAGCAUUUUCAUGUUCAGAGUGUGGAAAGUACUUUGACCAUAAGUUACUAACUACCAAAAGGCCCAUACAGGUGAGAAGUUAUAUAAAUGUUCAGAGUGUGGAAAGAGCCAAAGCAAUAGCCUCUUUAACCACAAAAUAAUCCAUUUUGCAGAGAAAGAAUAUCAUUGUUUGGGAUGUGGAAAGGGCUUCAGCUGAAGGGUACGUCUUAGUAUGGAAUGCGGGUGGCACUGUGAUCUAAACCACUGAGCCACUUGAGCUUGCAGAUCAUAAGAUUGGCGGUUCGAAUCCUCACAGUGGGGGUGAGCUCCCGUUGCUCUAUCCUAGCUCCUGCCAACCUAGCAGUUUGAAAGCAUACCAGUGUGAGUAAAUAAAUAGAUACCACUGCGGUGGGGAGGUAAAUGGUGUUUCCAGGUGCUCUGGCAAUCGUCACGGUGUUGUGUUGUGCCAGAAAUGGUUUAGUCAUGCUGACCUCAUGAUGCAGAAAAAUGCAGGCUCCCUCGGCCUGAAAGCGGAGAUGAGCGCUGCACCCUCAUAGUAGAAUUUGACUGGACUUAACCAUCCAGGGGUCCUUUAGUGUACAUCAGAAACCCCAUACAGGAGUGAAAUCAUAUAAAGGUCCAUUGAAUGGAAAGAGCUUCAGCCACGUUGGUGGCUUUAGUUUCCAUCAGUGAGUCCACACCGGAAAAGAACUAUAUACAGUGGUACCUUGAUUCUCGAAUGGCUUGGGUCCCAAACAAAUCGGCUUCUGAACGUUGCAAACCUGGAAGUAAGUGUUGUGGUUUGUGAAUGUUUUUCAGAAGCCGAAUGUCUGACGUGGCUUCCAUGGCUUACUGAGUGCAGGAAGCUCCUGCAGCCAAUCAGAAGCCGUGCCUUGGUUUUUGAACAGUUUUGGGAGUUGAAUGGACUCCUGGAACGGAUUAAGUUUGACAACCAAGUUACCACCGUAGUUGCCAUGGAAAGAGUUUUCAGGUGAGCAGAGUGGUUGCGUAUCACCACCAAAUCCUCACAAGGGAAUAAGUCAUUUAAAUCCUCAGUCAGAUGUGGUAUCUGUCACAAGGAAAGCACUUACACAGGAAAGACCAUAGUCUCUUUUGCACAUAACGCCAAAGCGUGGUUAACAGAAGAAGAGCUUGCUGGAUCAGGAAAACGGGUCCUCUCCACUCUUGUGGUUUCCUGCAAGUAAGGACAGAACAUUGCUCACAGCACAGCCUCCAUCCUCCUCCAUUGAUGGACUUACCCUCCUUUAAUUUCUCUAAACCUCUCUUAAAGCCAUCCAAGUUGGUGGCCGUCACUGUUUCCUGCUGGAGUGAGUUCCACAGUUUAUCUAUGUAAAAUAAGUACUUUCCUUUCUUUACUUGUCCUGAAUUUUCCAGCUUCAUUGGAUAUCCACAAGAUUUCGUGUUGUGUGAGAGGGAUAAAAACUUUCCUCUAUCAACUUUCUUCCUGCCAUGCAUAGUUUUGCAAACGUCUGUCAUAUCAUCUCUUGCUCGCCUUUUUCUAUAAAUGAUGUUUUAUUAAACCAUGGCUUAGUGAUAUCUGUGAAACUAACCCAGCAGUUUAACUAUGGUCUGUUAAAUAUUAUUAAAAGUCAACAAAAGUUUGUAAUCCUCAUUUGACAUUAGCCAGGGUUUUGUGUUAUAUUUGAAUGCAGGAAUUUACUGCUAAAAGCUACAGAGCCAUGAAGAGGGGCCAACAAUGUAAAUGGUUCUCAAGGUUUGGCUGCUCUGAUGUUAAGUGACCAUCUGCCCAGUGCCUCGACUUCAGCUAUGGCUUGUUAACUAUGGUUCACCUUAGUUAUGUGAGAGCCAAGCCAGUGAAUCCUAGGAAUGUUGGCAGCAUGGAAUGAUUGUGUCAAAAGAUUCACACCGAAGCAACAUCCUAUAAAUAACUAAGACCAGAGUGGUUUUGAGCAAUUGAACACUAGUCCAGGAUUUCAAAGUGAUGUCUGGGAGGAAUUUCCAGAUCUUCGGUAAUCAAACUGAAAAAUUAUGUGUUGUUUGGCAUUUUUGUAAAAAAAAAGCUAAACUUUGGGGGUUUGGUUUUUUAAAAAACAAAGUUUGAUAAUAUUUGGGUCUUCCUAGCAAAAACUCAACAACUUUUACUUUUUGAAAUACGGCAAUCCUAACACUGGUAAGAAGCAGAGGGAACUUCAGGGUGGUGGACCAUAGUCAGUCUGUGGCAGAAACACAUGCCAAUUGUAAGGGGAUUGACAUCUCCCACAUGCUCCUACUGAAAUAUAUUUUAAAAACCAGGUAUUCAUGAAGAAAGGGGCAUGGAUAGCAAACGGGUUCAGAAGUGGCAACAGCUUAAUUACAGUUUGGGGAGAGAGGAAGUCAAGUAAUAUGUUUAUAAGGUUGGAAGUUUAAAUAAUUAAGCUAAUUGGUGUUGUUUAUCUGUUUGUUGUUAUAUUCUUUGUUUUUACUUUCUUUUGUUUUUUGGUUGUGCAACGUUUGUUUUGUAUAAAACUUAAUAAAAAUUAUUGGGGGGGGAAAUAAAUAAAGUUUGGGGAGCGAGAGACAGAAUAGCUCAUCUCUUCUUUCAUAUUGACAGUGACUUCCUCCAAGGAAAUGUUUCGGCAGUGCCGGAUUAAACCAUGUGGAGGCCCUUAGGCAGCUGAAAUCUCGGG